AGAGAGAGAGAGAGCAGCGUGCGUUCAGACAACACAGAACAAUGACGGACAUAUUAGGAACAGAUUUAAAGGAAUUGAAAGUUGACCCUGAAAAGCUGUUCACUAAACUGCAGCGGAUCGGGAAGGGUUCGUUUGGAGAGGUCUUCAAAGGCAUCGAUAAGCGCACACAGCAGGUGGUCGCCAUAAAGAUCAUUGAUCUGGAGGAGGCUGAAGAUGAGAUGGAAGACAUUCAGAAAGAGAUUACUGUCCUCAGCCAGUGUGACAGCCCCUUCAUCACAAAAUACUAUGGCUCUUAUCUGAAGGACACAAAGUUGUGGAUCAUCAUGGAGUAUUUAGGAGGGGGAUCAGCUCUAGAUUUGCUGGAACCUGGUUCCCUGGAGGAAAGCCAUAUUGCCACUAUUCUCAGAGAAAUUCUGAAGGGCCUGGACUAUCUGCAUUCAGAGAAGAAAAUUCAUAGAGAUAUUAAAGCUGCUAACGUCCUGUUGUCAGAGCAAGGAGAUGUAAAGCUAGCUGACUUCGGUGUGGCCGGACAGCUCACAGACACCCAGAUCAAGAGGAACACAUUUGUGGGCACUCCAUUCUGGAUGGCACCAGAGGUCAUUCAACAGUCCCAGUAUGACUCAAAGGCUGAUAUCUGGUCUUUGGGAAUAACUGCAAUCGAGAUGGCAAAUGGAGAGCCUCCCCAUUCAGACCUUCAUCCCAUGAAAGUGUUGUUUCUCAUCCCUAAAGAAAACUCACCCACACUGGAGGGAAACUACAGCAAAGCUCUCAAGGACUUUGUAGAUGCCUGUCUCAAUAAAGAGCCCAACUUUAGACCAACCGCUAAAGAGCUUUUGAAACACAAAUUCAUCAUUCGAUAUGGCAGGAGGAACACGUAUCUCACAGAUCUCAUUGACACGUACAAGAAAUGGAAAAGCAAACAGGCCAGAGAAGAGUCCGGCUCAGAUUCAGACUCAGAGGACGACAGUGAAGCGUCGGGAAUGAAAUUUGAAGAGGACUGGAUCUUCAACACUAUCAGAGACACUCAACGGAAUGAUAAUAGAGUGAAACCGCAGCAAGAGCUCGGCCACAGUCAGGUUCAACACAAACAAGUGCACGCUCCAGACAGUCGGAAGAGACCCCUGUCUCAGAGCGUGUCCUCUCUUAUAUCUCCAGUGUUUGCAGAGUUGAAGCAGAAGGGUGGCGUUCACAAGCCGCUGGGGUUGGAUGAGCUGAAGGACGUCAUGUUCAGGGUAGAAGAGAUGUGUCCGGGCAUCACUGAUGUCAUGGUGAUGGAGGUGGUGCAGAGAUUUAAGAGGUUUUCAUCUCGACGCUGACGGAUGUGUUGGAGAUGUCCGUGUGCUGCUGUGUUCUGCGAUGACUAUCUCUAGACACGAUGACCUUUGACACAGUGCACUUUAUUAAACACACACGCACGCACACAGAAAAUAAAGCAUACUCUUUUAAAGCAUACAUUUUGGGUUCCACGAAGAGCCAGACAAGUCAAGUGUUCUUUUUUAACUUUGUAUCAUAGGAACAACCUUUUCUCGCCACAUAGAACCCUUAGUGAAACAGAAAGGUUCUUCAGAUGCAAAAGGUUGUCUAUGGAAGCAGCUUUAUUUUUAAUACCAGCUUUAAGAAAUACAUGCGUCCUCACUGAACCCGAAAAAGUGACGAUCAAUCACAAAACACAGCCAAACAGAACGGCUCUUCUCCGUUCACGCACCCGCUCGCUCUCCAGAGACGCACUACCACACGCUAUGCUGCUUUAUGCCUUUCCUUGUAAAACUUUAGGGACUUUUCAUAUCAUUUUUAAAUCUAAACAUCUACUGUAUAAUCCGUCUCCCCUCAUCCCUUUGUGAUGAUUUUUGAGGAACAUGGAAAGAUCACGUUUGUGUUUUACUGUUUCCUACGUAAUUCGUUGUUAACGUCCACAUUAAAGACCGUCAAAGACAAAUCUGUUUAGGAUUUGUUUAGUGCGAAAUAAAAUGUAGUGUCAAUACAAUCAUGAAGUGUUUUGAUAAUGAAUGUUUGGGCACACUCUUAAAAAUAAAGGUGCUUCACAGCGAUGCCAGAAGAACCAUUUUUGGUUCCAUAAAGAGCCGUUCAGUCAAAGGUUCUUUAAAGAACCGUCUCUUUCUUACUUUUUUAUAAUCUGAAAAACCCUUUUUCGCCACAAGGAACCGUUUGUGGAACGGAAAGGUUCUUCAGGUGUUAAAGGUUCUUUGGCAUCGAAGAACCUUUUGAAGCUCCUUUUUGAGUGUACUGUAUCUCAACAUCUAUCAAAUAAUCUGUAAUUUUGGUUAUUUUAGGGCUAUGACAACUUUGAUACUUUUAUGUCGUAAGGACUUCCCAGACAGGCUCAAAUGUUUUUAUUGAAACAGAAUGUUGGGGCAGGACAUGAUCCUCCUCAACGUACCAAACCGUUUUCAUUUAUAAUACAGCCGUAAACAUGAUUUUCUGCUUCAUGUUGUUAGUCUGUAUUAUUAUUAAAGGGAAAGACUUCACAUUCUCAAAAGCAUUUUAUAGCACAAUAUGUGGAUACGCCCAUGAUGAUACAUGUAGAAAACUGUCAAGUGUUUAUUUAAAUAAAGUUAUCCUUUAGAAGUGCCUUAACACAUGUAUGACUUUAAUGCUAACGUUUAAAACAGCACUUUUGUGUAUAAUAGGUUUAAAAAUGAUGAACUAUAAUAAAACGGUAAUGUUAACAUUUUCUGUG